AUGUCUAAAGCCAGGACUGUAAAAGCACCAGAAGAAACAGUAAGACUUCCUCUGGUACAGACAGAUGAUAGCUUUUCCAAGUUCACGAGGCAGGCUAUAAGAUCCAACUAUAUGGACAAGAGCAUAGAAGCUAAGAAGAAGAUAAGAAAAAGAAAAACUACUUACAAGCGGGCGAAGGUACUCCAAGCUAGCCUUGUCCUUCCAACAUUAUUAGAAGCAAAAGGAGAAUCCCAGGAGAUCCCUCUCAACCAGUGCACUGGUGAUCAGAAUGCUUUUCGUGGUAGUCGCCGAGUUCUUCGUGUGCUGGGCCCCUAUUCACGUCCUCAACACAUGGUACCUCUUCAGCCCUGAGAUGGUUUACAAAUAUAUAGGAAGUACAGGAGUUUCUCUUGUCCAUUUACUAUCCUAUAUCAGCUCAUGCUGUAAUCCAAUUACAUAUUGCUUCAUGAACCACAAAUUCAGGAUGGCAUUCAUCUCACUCUUCCAGACAAGG